CAUCAUGGCUCCAAACCCGCUACUGCUUCAGCCGAGACAGGACAGAGAAGACGAGCCACCGGCCCUUCCCUUCCCGAUCCAGAGGCGACCGCCGAGCUGAGACGGCGGCUCCGGUGGAGGGGAGCACCGCGGUGAAGAAGCGUCCUCCCGUCACCCCGGGCUCCUCGAUGUCUUCUUCAAGACCCGCGUACAGCUAUUUGACAAAGGGGGGUGAGACCCGGCGCAGCGGCGGCAGAGACAUGAGCCGGGAUUACACCAUCAACCUGUCGGUGCGGCAGGUUUUGGGACUGUGGGUGCAGGGCUCGGUGCCGACGCUCCAGCACUUCGCAGAGAUGUGGUACUGGGUGUUCCUGUGGUGCCUGUUCUCCUCCCUCCUGGUCCACGGUGCGAUGGCACUGCUGAUGCUCUUCACCCUGCAGAGGCACAGGAGGGGGAGGCUGAUCACCGUCCUGCUGGUCAGCGUGGGCUUCCUGGCCUCCCUCAUCGGGGGGGUCAUCACCAGUGCUGCCGUGGCAGGGGUGUACCGCGUGGCAGGGAAGGACAUGGCCCCUCUGGAGGCUCUGGUAUUUGGGACGGGGCAGACCGCCCUCAGCAUCCUCAUCUCCUUCUCGCGAAUCCUGGCCACUCUCUGA